AGAGAAGAAAAUCUCAGCAAGUGAUUGGUCAAUCGCCAUGAAGAAUGAGUCCAUUGAGAUGAACCAGCCCCUCAAGAGGGUCCCCAGUAAAAGAGUUAAAUCAACGGAUCAGUCACCCGGUCAGGGCACUCCAGCCCAGAGGUCCUCAUCCAAGACCUCUAAAGGAGGAAAGGGGACAAAAAAGACCAGAAUAUUAACUGGUAGCAACAGCACUGGCAAUCUCGGGGGCUCCUCAGUCACUACCAAAAGAACCCUAAGCCGCUUGACCAAGACUAAUGACCAGACCAAACCUAAACUCAGGUCCGUCGUCUCCACUGGUGAUCUGCACUGUUCCAUGGCAGGCUCUGCUGCACACAUCACCGUAACCACAGCACUGGGACAGGCUUUUAGCUUUUCUGAAGAGACCAAGGAUGAAAUUAACUUGGACUUGCUGGAUGACGUGGCGUGGUGCCAGAUUCAGAAACUUACGAGUCUGAUGGAGUAUCUGUCGAGGCGAAGUCGCUGCCUGCGAUGAGUAAAGAUCUACUGCGUCCACUGUAACCAGAAUUUGUAUAUAUUUUUAUCAAUGUGCUAAUAAGAGUAAGAGUUGUGCUUUGGUUGUUUUAAAGAGUUUUAGAAAUGUAUAAUAAAGCUUGGUUGUAUUACCAACAUGAUUGACAGUAUUAUUUGAGCCUCGACUGUAAAAUUUAAAAAUGAAAUUCAUCUUGCUGCACAUGAAGGAGGAAUGAGGAGGG